CAGAGCUGAUUCCGUGGAACAGCUGAUUGACAUGCACAUAUUCAGAGAAAACGUUUCCAAAUCUUUUUACUGGUCUAAUUAUUCCAUCUGUUCUGAAAAUGCUUUUGCUUCAGCAAAAUUUAUUUUACCUUUUUCCUUUAUUGAUGCCUUUUUUCGUUUGUAUGAGAACUCCCUGCUGAUGUAAAAUCUUGCACACGUUAAUGCAACUCGUCAGGCAAUCUGACAUGUCAUCAGUGUGUCCUGCGUGUUCUAGCUGAACUGCACGACCCUGAAUUAUCGACAUUUGCCUCAAAGUUGCAUAAUUCCUUUACUUUGAAGAGUUGGUGACAGUUUCCCCAUUUUCGCUGAGUAAAAGCCACCACAUUCAGAGUAAAGUUGGGGUUUUUUUUUCAUUUGAUCGUCAGGGACUUACUGAUUUUCACAAACAACCUGUGUGUGUGGCUGCGUAUGUGUGUUUGUAUGUGUGUGUGUGUGUUCUUAGGCUUCUUACUGGAGUUGCUCUAGUUUCUCUGUCGCGAAGAUGUUCGCCUCGGACACCAGAUCUACUGGUUUGAGUAAAAGAGACCUUAAUGGGAGAUUAUUUUCCUCCUUUAAACUGGGUCAAGGCAACUUUCACUUUUCGGGAAGUUAACAGUAGAGAUUCACCGAUGCGAUUUUCCUGGCAGAUACCGAUUUUCCUACGUUCCUUUGUGGUCCGAUCGGCCAAUCUUUUUUUUUACAAAGAGUUAUAAUUAAUAACAAAGGAGAAAAUUCAGAGCAAAUAUUUGAUCUGUUUGAUAGUUAAUAAAUGACACACUUCCUAACCUCAAUCAGACUCUUUUUAAAUCAGUAAUCAUGAGGCACAUUAGUUUUGAUAGUUUAAUAAACAAGGAAAAAACAAAAAUUUUCCAGGCAUUCUGGGAAAAUUUGCCAACAAUUUGCCAACAUCGCAGGAAAUAGCUGCUUGAUUGGUGCGUCUCCAGUGGCCAUUGUUAUUAUUAUUCUCUGGGACUUUUGAUGUGAUCAUGUUUCCUGUUAGGCAGCAGGAACUGAAAGCGUCCAUUCAGUAGCUUUUACGUUUCCCAUUUGUAUUCAUGUCAGGCUCAUCUUGCUGCAGAGCGUUCACAUGCACCUGGCCGUCUACGGCUCUGAUAUGAUGCAGUUUAUAUUCAGAGAGGGGACCACCGUGGGAACGAUAAAGCGGGAACAUGUGACGCUGCUGUUGCUAUGGCACUCGGGGAUCUGUGUGGCUGGCGAGCUGAACACUCCUGGAUCUCAUCUCGAUUCGAUCCUCUUUAUAGGAACGAAACAUGAAAAGAAAAUGUGGUUAAAUAAUCGGAUUUAUUAGAAAAAGUGAAUCAAAUAAACAACAAAAAAAAAGCAGUCUGCUGCUUGGAAAGCCUUGCAUUGCGCAGUGUGCGCUGCGUCUGUUUUGCGUUACUGGGCAGGGGGGAGUGGGACGAAAAAGACAGAGAGAGAGAGAGAGAGGAAGAUGUAGGGGGAUUUUUUCCCUGCUCUUGUUUUCUGCAGCGCUUCACGCUGCUGUGCGUUAAGUCGAGGGUGGGAGGCAAAGACGGAGAGAGACACCACACUCCUCACUCUGUCUGCCGCGAGGGACUCUGCAGAUUGAGCAUCCCACCCUCCCCCCAUCGCCCCGGCUGCUUUUUUGCCACCCUCCCGUCGCGAAGCCUCACUCCAUCCGCAGCUCGUCACUGGAUAACGCUCAGAAGACUCCUGGAAUAGGAACAUCGAUCAGGUCUCCUGGGGGAUUCUGUCACUGUCUCCCUUGAAGACAAUGGAUGCGUCUGGGAGGAGGCGCAUCCGGAGGGCUGGGAUGUAGAGGCUCCGCUGCCGCAGCACCCCUCCUCCGGAGACGGCGCAUUGUGUUAGUUUUUUUUUGUUUGGGUCUUUUUUUCUUUCUCCCUGUGGCUUGGGUGGCUUCUGGAGAACCAGGCUUGCACGGCUGAGCUCUGCCUUGGGGGUCCACUCAGAGAGGAGCAUUCGCUGCUUCUGCUGGGGAGCACCAGGGGCUCUGGACAGCUCAGCACCAUGCCUGAGGCCAACUACCUGUUCUCCGUGUCCUGGGGAUACAUUAAGUUCAAGAGGAUGCUGAACCGGGAACUGAACCACCUGUCUGAGAUGAGCCGCUCGGGCAACCAAGUGUCGGAGUACAUCUCCAACACCUUCUUAGAUAAGCAGAACGAGUUGGAGCUUCCGUGUCCGCUCCAAAAGGUGAGGAAAAGGAAGCAGAGCCAGCAGCAACAGGUUGGGAUGAUGACGCAGAUCAGCGGGGUCAAGAAGGUCAACCACACGUCGAGCAUACUGGGAAACGUCGGCAACCGCUUCGGGGUCAAGACAGACCAGGAAGAGCUGCUCUCAAAAGACCUGGAGGACAUUAACAAAUGGGGGCUGAAUAUUUUCAAAGUGGCGGAACAUUCUCACAACCGACCGCUCACCUGCGUCAUGUAUAAAAUCUUCCAGGAGCGAGACCUGAUGCGCACAUUCAAAAUUCCCACGGACACCUUCGUGACCUUCAUGCUGACCCUGGAGGACCACUACCACUCGGACGUGACGUACCACAACAGCCUGCACGCCGCCGACGUGGCCCAGUCCACGCACAUCCUGCUGUCCACCCCCGCCCUGGACGCGGUCUUCACAGAUCUGGAGAUCUUGGCAGCCAUCUUUGCCGCAGCCAUUCACGACGUGGACCACCCAGGAGUGUCUAACCAGUUCCUCAUCAACACUAACUCUGAGCUGGCUCUGAUGUACAACGAUGAGUCAGUGCUGGAGAAUCACCACCUGGCUGUGGGCUUCAAGCUGCUGCAGGAAGACAGCUGCGACAUCUUCCAGAACCUGAGCAAGAAGCAGAGGCAGACGCUCCGGAGGAUGGUCAUAGACAUGGUUCUGGCCACUGACAUGUCCAAGCACAUGAACCUCUUGGCGAAUUUAAAAACCAUGGUGGAAACCAAGAAGGUGACCAGCUCCGGCGUCCUGCUGCUGGACAAUUACACCGACAGGAUGCAGGUGCUGUGUAACAUGGUCCACUGCGCCGACCUGAGCAACCCCACCAAGCCUCUGGAUCUGUACCGGCAGUGGACCGACAGGAUCAUGGACGAGUUCUUCCACCAGGGCGACCGGGAGAGGGAGAAGGGGAUGGAGAUCAGCCCCAUGUGUGACAAGCACACGGCUUCAGUAGAGAGGACUCAGGUUGGUUUCAUAGACUUCAUCGUCCACCCUCUGUGGGAGACGUGGGCCGACCUGGUCCACCCGGACGCCCAGGACAUCCUGGACACGCUGGAGGACAACAGAAACUGGUACCAGAGCAUGAUCCCCCAGAGCCCCUCGCCCCCCUUCUACACCAGCGACGGAGAGGGAGGCCAACACGGCGAAGACUGUUCCCUAGCGAGUAAAUUCCCCUUUGACCUGACCACGGACGACGGCACGCCGGCGGACGCGGCCGUCAGAAGCGACUGUGCGAGUAGAGGCAGUUCCUCUGACCUGGACGGGACAGAAAUGACGACGUGCGACGUCUCGUCCGCAGAGACAUAGCCGGAACCCGUGGCGGUCCCAGAACGGGACGGUUUUUUAAUGCUGAAUUUUUGUUUUAAUUUGCAGUGGAGGCAUCCUGCAAAUGAGGCUUUUUGGAGCCAUUUGGCAACCAAGGCCUGUCUGAAUGUUGGGCAAACCCCCUGCAAACAAGGCUCAGAAACCCUGUUGCGGUAUGUUUUUGCGUCCCUGGCAAGGGAGAACUGCCGAGGCGCGGCUGGAAUCGGAGUCCUCACAGACCGAAAGUGGGAUUAGACGGUAUGAAUCUACGAACUGUGGAAAAAAGGACUUCCAAACUUGCACUUCAGGACAUUUUUAUCUUCAUGUAGAAUAUUUGUAAUAUCUCAAGACUAAAUAACACAACCAAAAACUACUGGUCAGCAGGUUACUUGUUACCACAUAGUUUUUUUUUUUUAUAACACUUGUCUAAAUAAGAAGAAGAAAAAGGAGAAAAAAAGUGCCUUUUUUAUUUUCUUGUACAACCAUGUCAUUUUGUAAGAGUUUUUAUAAUUUAUUUAACACGUUCAUGUAGCUGUAAAAUGUGUCCAGUUUUGUACAAGAGGACAUUGUUGUCUCGUAGUCUUCCGAACGUUCUGGCAAUAGUCUCAAGAAGAAGAAAUCUGUUGACUUCCCAGCACAACUUGCACUUUGUGGCACACUGUAGAGCAAAGAGAGCGUGGAAUGCUGUUUUAGAAAGACAGCGGACAUGUGAAGCCAAAUAAUUUCAUGAAAACAACCCAAAUAUAAAUUUUUCUUUUUUACAUCAAACUCGUCAAAAAGACUAUUACAUAACUUCUCGGUGGAAGAACGUGAAAGUAUCCAAAGAUCGUCUGGAAAAUAAAAGCACUUUGAUGAUUUCAGUGUUGCUGAAUCACAUCAUUAAAAACCUCCUCUGCUAUUAUGGAGCAACGUCAUCGAAUCCAAAAUUUACGAUCCCUUAUUUAAAAUGUUUGAAACUUAUUUCUAAUAGCAUUUCCCCUUGAAUCCAUUUUAAAUUGUGAGUCAUUUUAGAGCUUCGAAUAAUUGUGCACAGAUUUAAAAAAAAAAAAAAAGAAAGAAAAAAAAAGUAUUUUUUUACUACAACUCGUGUCGGGUUGUUUUUUUUUGGUCGUUUUUUUUUUUCUUUUUUCACCUCAGCACCUUGAAAAUUGCCAGCAGCCCUCCAGCUGGCUGCAGAUCUGUUUCCAACACUUCCUGAAAGGUACCACGAUGUCUGGUGAGGGGAGAUGAGUUUGUAGUCAUAACAUGACGUUCUUCUUCUGUGAAUGUGUGCACACUUGAGCGUGCAAAUACGUGGUCACAGAACCACACAAUACCGUCGCAUGCAGCUGUACAGUGCCGACAGUAACGGCGUAUUUAUUACCUUUUUUUUUUUUUUUUCCUUGUAAUAUUUGCUAAUAUUUACUGUAUAUUUGCUAUUAUUUAUAUGCUCUACCACACGUCAAAUUACAGUUUGACUGAAGCCGUCUGGUGCUUUGUCUGUAUUCAGUGAGAUGUUUCGCUAUGAGACGGCCACUUCAUGUCAUGGAAGUAUGUUUGCUUUGAGGCUCCAGCCAGAAACGUUUGUAUGUUCUCAGCCAAACGAUCCGGCCAGACUGGAUGUUUACUGCGGCAGAUUGUGUACGGUGACGGGUCAUUGUACAGCUGUAGGAAUAUUUGCUGAAAUAUUUAGCAUUGUUUCAAAUGUAUUUUUUCAGUGUUUUCCUCACAGUAUAUUGGUAAAAGAAAAAAAAAGAAAGAAAAACAACAACAAUAUAUGUUGUGCUCAACAAAUGUUUUCUAUGUGAUUAUUAAAAUGAGCAUGUGAAACAGAA